GAGAUCAAGAUUACGGUCCCGAGUGCUCCAGAUGGGAUGUACGAAAUACAACCGAACAUCGGGAACAGCAAAUUCUGGGCGUAUUGUGAUAUGACGUCAUUUGGAGGAGGAUGGACGAUGUGUUACUCUACUGACGAUCUUGCUGACCCUAAAACACAAGUGACCUAUGACGAGAAUUAUCCUUAUGGUGCAGAUGGUUACCGAACUGACUGCAAUAAUGUUCAGUUUCAGGAAAUUCUCUUUGUGGAUGAGACCACGAAUGAAAAGGCUUUCUUUACCUAUAAACUUAAUUCCAGUCUCGUCGCAGAGGGAAAUUACCAGACACAAAUCUCCGGCCUGUGGCUAGGUGGAGGUGUAGCUACCACAAGUCAAGAAUACCAGCUUCUUAUCUGUGACCACAGCUUCUACUCUGGCUUUUUCAUAUCCGGUUAUACAAACUGUUAUAAGAGGUGCAAUAGUUGGUGUGGUGAUACGCACACCCCUUACUUCCGGUCAGCGUCCACUCAUUCAGGUUAUGCUGGAGUCGCCUUUAACGUCAAUGGACAUCGGCCGCGAAGCAGCAGACUGAUUAGUGUUGGACUGAGAUAA